UCCACGGACAGCAGGAGGCACUGCAGGCAGGACAGUUUGCAGAGGCAGAGACGUCGAAGGUGCGCCAAGCGUGGUAUUUACGAUCGAAAAUAUAAAGAAACGAGGAUAAUUCGCGAGGAUGGCGGCAAUCAGUCUGUUGAAUCCGAAGGCCGAGUUUGCCCGGGCGGCACAGGCUCUGGCGGUAAACAUCUCCGCCGCGAAGGGAAUUCAAGACGUGAUGAAGACCAACUUGGGGCCCAAGGGAACCAUGAAGAUGCUGGUUUCUGGAGCUGGAGAUAUAAAGAUCACCAAGGACGGCAAUGUGCUCCUUCAUGAAAUGCAGAUCCAGCACCCUACGGCAUCUCUGAUAGCAAGAGCGUCCACCGCUCAGGACGAUAUGACUGGCGACGGCACAACCAGCACUGUACUGGUCAUCGGUGAACUGUUAAAGCAAGCCGAUUUGUAUAUAACGGAGGGGCUGCAUCCUAGAGUGCUCGCAGACGGUUUUGACUUGGCUCGCGCCAAGGCAUUAGAAAUCUUGGACUCGAUGAAAAUUCCAAUCGAGCCUGUCAAAGAGAACCUACUGGAUAUCGCGAGGACCUCGCUCAGAACAAAACUUCACCAUACCAUGGCUGACAAAUUAACCGAGAUCUGCGUGGACGCAGUGCUGGCAAUCAGGCAGCAGGGCAAAGAGAUCGACUUGCACAUGGUCGAAUUGAUGGAAAUGCAGCACAGAACGGCGGACGAUACCACUCUGAUUCGUGGUAUAGUCACUGACCAUGGAGCCAGACAUCCAGAUAUGCCGAAAAGAUUGGAGAACGCAUAUAUUCUGACCUGUAAUGUGAGCCUGGAAUACGAGAAAAGCGAGGUGAAUAGUGGAUUCUUCUACAAGUCCGCGGAGGAACGCGAAAAGUUGGUGGCCGCCGAACGUGUGUUUAUCGAUAAUCGCGUGAAAAAGAUUAUUGAGUUGAAGAAGAAGUUGUGCGACGGAACGGAUAAAUCGUUCGUCGUGAUAAAUCAGAAAGGGAUCGAUCCGUCGUCUCUCGAUAUGCUCGCGAAGGAGAACAUUAUUGCUUUGCGCAGAGCCAAGCGCAGAAACAUGGAACGUCUGGCGCUCGCGUGUGGUGGCGUAGCCAUGAAUUCUGUGGAUGAUCUGAAAGAGGAGCAUUUGGGAUGGGCCGGCCUCGUGUAUGAACACGUUCUGGGAGAAACUAAAUAUACCUUUAUAGAGGAGUGCAAAAAGCCAAAUUCCGUAACUAUAUUAUUGAAGGGUCCUAAUAAAUUUACAUUGGAGCAACUCAAAGAUGCUGUGCGUGACGGACUUAGGGCAAUAAAGAAUGCUAUCGACGAUCGUGCGGUCGUUCCCGGAGCCGGAGCCUUUGAGGUUGCGGUUAGUCAAGCCCUCCAACGAUACAAAGAGCAAGUGAAAGGAAAGCAACGUUUAGGAGUACAGGCCUAUGCCGAGGCUUUACUUAUCAUUCCGAAAACUCUCGCCGUUAAUAGUGGAUUUGAUCUGCAAGACACGAUCGUUAAAUUAUUUGAGGAACACACCGCUUUAGGAGAACCAGUAGGAUUGGAUUUAUCUACGGGGGAAGCUAUAAAACCCGCGGAUGUUGGUGUUUAUGACAAUUAUAAUGUAAAGAAACAAAUUAUCAAUUCUUGCACGAUAAUCGCCAGUAAUCUCCUUCUAGUUGACGAAAUAAUGAGAGCAGGAUUAUCUUCACUAAAGGGUUAACAUACCGAUGCAACUCUUGUGAAAUUAAAAGUAAAAGGACCACUAAUAAUUUUUUUUUUACGAAAUCAAAUUAUAUAUUGAUUAUCAUUUAUUUUGCGUUAUAUCUGUUAACCAAACACGUCGCUUGAUCUCUUGCUUUUAACGUAAAUAUUUAAUAACACGAUAAUAUGAAUUUUCACAUUGAACUUAAUAAAAUGAUGUUUUCGUAAAAAAGUA